AUGUUCGUUCAGUUGGCAGUCAUCUGGUGUGUCCUUAUCGCCCAAGCAUUCUCUCAACCUUCAUCCAGUGAUGUUUUAUUGCAACGGCUGCACUAUAUUAACACGCCGGUUGUUCGAUAUAUCGCUGAAAAUGAAGGAUUGCGGAAGAGUCUCAGAGGACUAAACGAUGCUAUGAGGCAGAAACGUUUCGAAGGCGUCCAGGACUAUACCAGCCUUGAGGAUCCGUACAUGAAGCGAACAAGCCUCAAACGACUUGCAAUUCUGAGUGCGAGAGGAUUCGGAAGGAAAUGA